UGGACAUGUCCCAGCGGUCCACUGGACAGCCUACCGGUCGACGUUCAGACGUGGAUUCUGACGCGGCACGAUUAGUUGGUCUGGUUUUGUGCGCCCGAGUGAUGGCACCGGGAACAGAGACCGCUGGUUUGCCCCCUUACGAUGCGUCUAAAGCGGAGCCCAUCUACCCAACUCAGAUGCAACCCGUUUUCCCAAGUCCGGCACAACCACUCUACCAAGCCCCUUUGGCAGCACCUACAGUGAACGUUGUUGUGGAACAGCCAAAGCCGGUGGUUCCGGAGGCAUACCGAGAUUGGAAGGACGGUCUGUGUGAUUGCGGCAAUAACUGUGGGAAUUCGAUUCCGACUGAAUAUGCGCAUUUGGAUACCACAUCUGGACUGGACUGUCUUCCGUUCACACCACCCAUGGGAGGCAUUCUUACUGCUCUUUUCUACCCGUGCAUGGUGUGCCACAUGUAUAAGCUCUACGGAGAGUGUUGCUGCACACCACUUGUCGUGCCUAUGGCGGACAUGGUACUGAGUGUAAAACACCGAAGUCGGCAUCGCAUUGUCGGUAGUGUUGCCGGAGAUUGCUGUACGUUCGUGUGCUGUGGCCCGUGUGCACUCUGUCGCCUGUAUCGUGAUAUGACAUUUGUCGAGGCACUCAAGGGAUCGCUCCAAUAAGCUGUUGCAUACACCUUUACAACAUGUGUGUCCUUGACCUGAUGUCGGCACAUUUAUCCUCAUCCGAAUUUGUUAUUCCGGAGAUUUGACCCCCUAUUGUAUGAUGAUUCUUACAUAAAUAUCAUCCUAUUUAUCGGAUUAUUCAUGUAGUACCCGGCAAAUCGUGACUAUUUGAAUCGAACGAAUGAGAACAGAAUGAGCGCUAUUUAGGUUACCUUUUCUGUGCGAUUUCCCCAUCGCUGCUUAUUUCAGGAUAUUCAUGGAAAUCAACACUUGCCAUGUGUGCAGUUGUUCG